AUGGCGGAGGAACUGAAAGUAUUCUUUGAAGAGUGUCGUGGUCAAGGGUUUUCCGCAAAGGAAAUGCUGGCUGUAUGUCAACCUUUGAUUUGGAGAAUCCGCUUGGCUAGAAUCAAGAAAUGGUGCUUCAUCCUACUGCCGCUGGUGUUUAUUUAUCUGCUUUGGCUAUGUAGUGACACCUUUUCUUGGUGGCUAAGUGCUCUGGGUCGAUUGGUGCUCAUACAGAUCCUUCCACUGUGGGAUUGGAGGCCCUACUAUCAGGCCAUGUGUCUAAUACCACGCGAUCAAAGUGUCCAAGAGCAGACACCAUCGUUGGGUAAAGGGGAGACUUUGUGGCAGAAUUGUGCUCUUUGUGAAGGUUUAGAGGGAAUAGCCGCUGUUUCCAAUGUAAGCUACUCCUCCUUGGAGUCUGAGCACUUAGAACGUGGGCAACCAGUGAUUAUAACAGACACUGGACUGCAAACGGAUGUUCGUCGUCUCCUAGAGCAAAUCGAGAAGAAGUCACCUCAGUGGCUAGCCAGUGAACCUUGUGAUGUUGCCAGCAAUCUGUUGCUGAGGAAACUAUUCAACCUACAGGCGGCUCUGGAUAAGAUUCAUUCAUGGCAGGGACAGACAUCGAAUUCCUGGCACCUUCAACUGAGGAACUGUCAGAAGAAGGCUGUAAAGUCCUCUCGACUAUUUCUGGAUCGUCCCUACUACUAUCCUCUUCACCUGGCUCCGUAUUACUCCAGCUGGCUAUUGGCAGUCCAUCAGCAAAAGCGAAACCAAGCCGAUAUAUACUUACGUGGUCUGGUGCUCAUCCAGCAACUAAGUGGCCACUUUGAGAUGGUUCUCCAUCCAAAGAAGCCCUGCAAUAAAGGAAUAUGCCCAAGCUUGCGGAUGCGACUGAAUGCAGGAGAAGGUCUCAUCUUUACCACAGAUAUCUGGAGUCUAAGUUAUGGUCUGGAGAAGCCCCAUGGAAAGCAGACCUCCCUGGCUAGCAUUUUUGAGAUUGACUGGCAGCCGUAGAGUGUUUUAGUUGGCCGAA